AUGGCAUCUCUGCUGGAUGAAAUUCUCUUUGAAACACCUCCCUCUAAAGACUUUUACCAAUUGUGUAUCACACAAAAAGAGGUUGACCCACCCUCGUGCCUUUGCUUAUGGAGAUGGUGGAAGAUUUCAGUCCGAACUGAAUUCAGAGGGACAGCACCUGAAGAGUUCAAAAUGUUCUACCAUGACUUUUUGAAUGAUUCAAAGUUGCAGGGUAACAAUCCAGUCUGAGUUAUUCUCCAGCUUUACAUUUAAAUAUUUAGCUGGAUUCUGGAGUACACUUUGGCUUUGUGUCAAAGGCAUUUUGACUACCUCGAGAACUAUCCCUUUAAAAUCCUGUCCAACAUGUCCAUUCAGGACAUUGGCUGUCUCAGCCAAACCUCAAACAGGUUUAAGAAGAUAUGUAACUCAGAGGAUAUCUGGAAGCAGACUGUCAUGAAGAACAUCUUCUUUAAGUUUUAUUACAAACAAGAACAUGGCAACAUGGCCUGUCCUGCAUAGGAAGAAGAUAAAGCCAAUACUGCAUCUCCAUGA